UGCAUGGCGGAAAUGUACGAGCUACGGAGGCAGAGCUCAGCCCACAGAUUUCCCCGCUACAUCCCCGGCCUGUUGACUGCGUCGCUGCUGAGAUCACUGUGACCAGAUAGCGGUCACGGAUGCAACUCUAAUAAAAGAAUCCUGUGGGACUGGAAGGAAACAGCAAGACGGUGUGGGACAAACUGGUCAACACGGAGCUGGGUGGAGGGGAGAAGACAUCAAUCAGGCCGUCAAAACACAGACUUCUGGUCAUGCUAGCCAUGCUUUAGCACACACAGGAAAGGCUAGUUGAUCUCUGGAGAAACACCCACUGCCUUUUCUCAUAACACUCCUGAGCCACAAACGCGUGCAUCUCACCCGUCAUUUACCGUCUGCCAUCCCUGCAAAGAUGCCGAUGCCAAGGUUGGCGCUGUGGCACUUGUGGUGACGGGGCACAGAGUGCGUGCGCACGUCCGGCAGGUAGGCCGGUGGGUCGGUGGGUGUACAGGCACACCAAGAGGCAUUUUUGGGUGGGCGUGGUUGAACAAUGCGGCCCUGGGCGGGUUCAUGGCGUUGGAUUACCCUGGUGCUGUUGGCCUGGGGCACGCUCCUCUUCUACAUUGGUGGUCACUUGGUGAGGGACAGCGAGCACCCGGAGCGGUCCAGUCGGGAGCUCUCCAAGAUCCUGGCCAAGCUAGAGCGGCUCAAGCAGCAGAAUGAAGACCUGCGGCGCAUGGCCGAAUCGCUCAGGAUACCAGAAGGUCAGGCAGAAGCUGGGUCCCUGGCCGUGGGGAGACUGCGCUCCCUGGAGGACCAGCUAACCAGAGCCAAACAGAAGAUCCACAGCUUCCAGAAACUCACUGGAGAUGGCCCCGGGCCAACGCAGGAGGAGCUGCGGAGAAGGGUGGAGAACGGAGUGAAGGAGUUCUGGUACUUUGUUCGCAGCGAGGUGAAGAAAUUGGCCAACGUUGAGCCCAGCGAGAGGCAGAAGUAUGCCGAUGCUCUCCUGCAGGACCUGGGACACCAGGAGAGGUCCAUCAUGACAGACUUGUACUACCUCAGCCAGGCAGACGGAGUGGGCGAGUGGAGAAUGAAGGAGGCUAAAGACCUGUCGGAUCUGGUCCAGAACAGAAUCACCUACCUACAGAACCCCCCAGACUGCAGUAAGGCGAGAAAGCUGGUGUGUAACAUCAAUAAGGGCUGUGGUUAUGGCUGCCAGCUCCACCACGUCGUCUACUGCUUCAUGAUCGCUUAUGGCACCCAGCGCACACUCAUCCUGGAGUCCCACAACUGGCGUUACGCCCCCGGUGGCUGGGAGACUGUCUUCCUGCCCGUCAGUAACACCUGCACCGACCGCUCUGGAGCCACCACUGGACACUGGUCAGGAGAGGCCCAUGAUAAGGACGUCCAGGUUGUGGAGUUGCCUAUAGUGGACAGCCUCCACCCUCGGCCCCCCUACCUGCCCCUGGCAAUCCCAGAGGACCUGGCCCCACGCCUUCAGCGUCUGCACGGUGACCCCUCCGUCUGGUGGGUGUCCCAGUUCGUCAAGUACCUGGUGCGCCCUCAGGCAUGGCUAGAGAAGGAGAUCCAGCAGACUACCGCCAAGCUGGGUUUCAAACAUCCCAUCAUUGGAGUCCAUGUGAGGAGGACAGAUAAAGUGGGGACGGAGGCAGCCUUCCACCCUAUAGAGGAGUACAUGCUGCAUGUGGAGGAGCAGUUCCAACAUCUGGCCCGACGUGUCCAUGUCGACAAGAAACGAGUUUACCUGGCCACCGAUGACCCCUCCCUGCUGCAGGAGGCUAAGACCAAGUAUCCAGACUACGAGUUCAUCAGCGAUAACUCUAUCUCGUGGUCGGCGGGCCUUCACAACCGCUACACUGAGAACUCACUGAGAGGAGUCAUCCUGGACAUCCACUUCCUCUCCCAGACCGACUUCCUGGUCUGCACUUUCUCCUCACAGGUCUGCCGUGUGGCCUACGAGAUUAUGCAGACGCUGCAUCCAGACGCCUCCUCCUUCUUCUACUCCCUGGAUGAUAUUUACUACUUUGGAGGUCAAAACGCCCACAACCAAAUCGCCAUCUACCCCCACCAACCACGCAACAGUGAAGACAUUCCCCUGGAGCCCGGCGACGUUAUCGGCGUGGCCGGCAACCACUGGGACGGAUACUCCAAAGGCAUCAACCGCAAACUGGGCCGUACUGGCCUCUACCCUUCCUACAAGGUCAAAGAGAAAAUCGAGACUGUGAAGUACCCAACAUACCCCGAGGCAGACAAACUGCUCAACUCUCAAAAGAAGUAAAAGAAGAAAUGAAAAAAAUAAAGGGAGAGAAGGAGUGAGGAUAAACACGCAGACUCCGAUUCCAGGGAAGGAGGCUGCUUUUGUACAGAGGAGAGAGACAUACUUAGUGCGCUAAGCUGAGAAGAAAAGAAAAAGCCUGUACCCAGGGGUGAUAGGAAUGAGAAUGCACUCUGUGUGUUUAUGCGCGAGACCGAGCGUGCGUGUGUGUGUGUGUGUGUGUGUGUGUGUGUGUGUGUGUGUGUGUGUGUAUGUGUGGGCAAACGUGAGUGUGUGUGCACUUGUGUAAAUGCCUGUGCAUAUGUCAGGUCAUGGAAGACUUGCACCCUACCACUACUCCCCCGCCUGACACUCUGACGUCGGGUCUGUAGAGAUGUAGACGUUGAACAUUGAUUUUAAAUAAAGCAAGAAAACAAUUAAAAUCUACACAACUGACCGAGCUCACCCUCCAGAGACAAGACUGGGACUACUGUAAGACUGGCACACCCCCCAGAGUGAGCUUUGAAAUCAAUGACUGAAAAAAAGAGAAAAAAAAAGACAAACUGGAAAAAAGUGUUUUGAUUUUUAUUUAAUUCUUUUCAGUGGUUUUGAUUCUAAUCUUGCCUUUAUUUUCUCCUGUUUGUUUUUGUUUACUGAAUGUACUGUAUCCUCUUCUUACCAUGCUCUCCGCUGACCCCCCCCCCCCCCCCUCCACUCACUGUGCUUCCUCCAUCUCGUCUCUACAUGUGCAAUUAAUUUUAUAAUACCAUAUUGUGCUUUUAUCGAGUGUUUUUAACGGUCUUAAUUUUGUGUGUAUGGGGCUUGUGCAUUGUAUACUGUACAGUAUGUGUGUGUGUGAGAAUGGAUGCGUGUGUGUGUGAUCAGGUGUGCCUGUGUGCGCUGUUUAAAGUCCAAGGGGCCAUGUUACGACCUGGUGCCUAGUUAUUGGUUGAGCAGUACGUGUUUUUUUUAUUUUAUUUUAUUUCUGGCUUUUUCCCUCUCGACUGAAUAGUGUUUGUGUGGUCAGCGGGAGACUGGCGGUGACAGAGGGGAUCUAUCCCCAUCCCCAUCCCCAGCCCCCAGUCCCCAGUCCCCAACCCCACCCCACCCCACCCCACUCUCCCAGCACUUGGAACAAUGGACGAUCUCCAGUCAGUCACUGCGCCGGUGACCUCUAGUGAACAAUGGUAAGAUUAUGUGUGGAGUUUGGUGAACUCAUGGUGCACGCAACACCCCACAGACACAGGAGCCGUCCCGAGGCUCACCAAAAGAAGCACUCCACUGAGAUAAUGUCCUUCUCGGCAUCUCUGCUGUCUCUUCUGUCCAUCUGUUUGUUUGUUUGUUUCUUCUUUUUUUUUUACUUUUAACAUUGCUGUUUUAAAAUAAAUGAGGAAAAAUAAUGCCUAUGUUUAGAAAUGAUAAUGCUAUGUCAUAUCAAACUCAGUCCCCAUCAUGAAGGCUUCUUUUUUUCACAACUUAUGUUCUUGGGCAUUGUCUUUGAUAACCACAGAUCGAAAUAAACUUGAGAAACCAA